AUGUCUAUUAAUACAUUAGAAGAAAUUACAUUUCUAUCAACACUUCAAAAAUUUACAAUACAUUGUGUUUCUAAUCAAUCUUUAUCGAAAAUCAAAUUAUAUUAUGUAGAUCUUUUGAUUGCUGUUGAAAACCUUCCAAAAAUCUAUAUUGGUCAUAAAAUUCAACUUGCUUUAGCACUUGAAAGUGCUUCUCUAAGAAAUGAAACAAGACUUAUAUUAAAUGAUUAUAUGAAUAUUAUUUCUCAUUUAAUUUAUCUUUCUCGAUCAAAUUUAGAUUUAGAAGAAUAG